GGUUUAGGCAGUAGGGAGUUUCUGCUGGGGUCUGGAUUGGAGUCACAGAAGACCGGACCCUACCGUGUAUGAUUGGAGUCUAAAGAAGAAAAAAAACUUCCCUAGCUCGCCUCAAAGAGUCUACAUGUCUAAUAUUUAGACAUGUUCAGCUUUGUGGAUAUUCGGUUGGCGCUGUUGCUCAGCGCAACUGUGCUUUUGGCAAGAGGACAAGGAGAAGAUGAUCGCCCAGACGGCAGCUGCACAAUGGACGGCCAGGUCUACAAUGACAGGGACGUCUGGAAACCAGAGCCAUGCCAAAUCUGCGUGUGCGACAGCGGCACCGUUAUGUGCGACGAGGUGAUCUGCGAGGACACGACCCACUGCGCCAACCCAGUGAUUCCCAACGACGAGUGCUGCCCCGUCUGCCCAGACGACGAAUUCAAGGAGCCCGGUGCUGAGGGACCAAGAGGUCCUGCUGGUGAGAAGGGUGACAGGGGUCCUCCUGGCCCUCCCGGCAAUGACGGAAUCCCUGGACAGCCUGGUCUUCCUGGGCCCCCAGGCCCCCCUGGACCUCCUGGCCUUGGAGGAAACUAUUCUCCUCAGAUGUCUGGUGGAUUUGAUGAGAAAUCCGGAGGAGCAAUGGUCGUCCCAGGCCCCAUGGGACCUAUGGGCCCCCGUGGACCCCCUGGACCUCCUGGAUCUUCUGGACCCCAAGGAUUUACUGGUCCCCCUGGUGAGCCUGGUGAGGCUGGUGCUCCUGGUCCAAUGGGUCCCCGUGGUCCAGCUGGUCCCCCUGGAAAGAACGGAGAGGAUGGUGAGUCUGGCAAACCCGGUCGCCCUGGUGAGCGCGGACCCCCUGGCGCACAGGGUGCUCGUGGAUUCCCCGGAACCCCUGGACUUCCAGGCAUCAAAGGACACAGAGGAUUCAGCGGUCUAGAUGGAGCUAAGGGAGACACUGGCCCUGCUGGACCUAAGGGUGAGCCUGGUGCCGCUGGUGAGAACGGAACUCCUGGAGCUAUGGGUCCUCGUGGUCUGCCUGGUGAGAGAGGCCGCGCUGGUCCUCCUGGUUCUGCUGGUGCUCGUGGUAACGAUGGUGCUGCUGGAGCUGCUGGUCCUCCUGGCCCAACUGGCCCUGCUGGUCCCCCAGGAUUCCCUGGUGGCCCUGGAGCUAAGGGAGAGGUUGGUGCUCAGGGAGCUCGUGGUGCAGAGGGACCCCAGGGAGCCCGUGGAGAGCCUGGUAAUCCUGGACCUGCUGGUGCUGCUGGACCCGCUGGUAACAAUGGAGCUGAUGGUGCCCCUGGUCUUAAGGGUGCUCCUGGCGCUCCUGGUAUUGCUGGUGCUCCAGGUUUCCCUGGACCUCGUGGUCCUCCUGGACCUUCUGGAGCUGCUGGUGCUCCUGGCCCUAAGGGUAACACUGGUGAGGUUGGUGCCCCUGGUUCCAAAGGAGAGGCUGGUGCUAAAGGAGAGGCUGGUGCCCAAGGAGUUCAGGGUCCCCCUGGCCCCUCUGGUGAAGAAGGCAAGAGAGGACCUCGUGGUGAGCCCGGUUCUGCUGGUGCCCGCGGACCCCCUGGUGAACGUGGUGCUCCUGGUGCUCGUGGUUUCCCUGGUGCUGAUGGAUCUGCAGGUCCUAAGGGUGCCACUGGUGAGCGUGGAGGCCCUGGAGUUGUUGGACCUAAGGGUGCCACUGGUGAGCCUGGCCGCAAUGGUGAACCUGGUUUGCCAGGAACCAAGGGUAUGACUGGUAGCCCUGGCAGCCCUGGACCUGAUGGAAAGACCGGAGCUACUGGUGCUCCUGGACAAGAUGGCCGCCCUGGACCACCUGGCCCCGUUGGAGCCAGAGGACAACCUGGUGUCAUGGGAUUCCCUGGACCUAAGGGUGCUGCUGGUGAGGCUGGCAAACCCGGUGAGAGAGGUGUGAUGGGUGCUCUUGGUGCCACUGGUGCUCCCGGUAAGGAUGGUGAUGUUGGCGCCCCUGGUGCUCCUGGACCUGCUGGGCCUACUGGUGAGAGAGGUGAACAGGGACCUUCUGGUCCUCCUGGAUUCCAGGGUCUGCCAGGACCUCAGGGUGCAACUGGUGAGCCUGGCAAAGCUGGUGAGCAGGGUGUUCCUGGAGAGGCUGGAGCUCCUGGGCCAGCUGGAUCCAGAGGCGACAGAGGAUUCUCUGGUGAGCGUGGUGCCCCUGGCCCUGCUGGUCCUGCUGGUGCCCGUGGAUCUCCUGGUGCAUCUGGUAACGAUGGCGCUAAGGGUGAUGCUGGUGCUCCAGGUGCCCCUGGUGCUCAGGGUCCUCCCGGACUUCAAGGAAUGCCUGGCGAGCGUGGUUCUGCUGGUCUGCCAGGUCUUAAGGGUGACAGAGGUGACCAAGGUGCCAAGGGUACUGAUGGUGCCCCUGGUAAAGAUGGCAUCCGUGGUAUGACCGGCCCAAUUGGACCUCCUGGACCUGCUGGAGCUCCUGGUGACAAGGGAGAGUCUGGUGCUCCUGGACUUGUUGGACCUAUUGGUGCCCGUGGACCACCUGGUGAGCGUGGAGAGACUGGUCCUCCUGGACCUGCCGGAUUUGCUGGACCUCCUGGUGCCGAUGGUCUGCCUGGUGCUAAGGGAGAGCCUGGAGACAAUGGUGCUAAGGGUGAUGCUGGUGCUCCAGGACCUGCUGGAGCGACCGGUGCCCCCGGACCUCAGGGUCCUGUUGGUGCUACUGGACCCAAGGGUGCCCGUGGUGCUGCUGGUCCUCCUGGUGCUACUGGUUUCCCUGGUGCUACUGGCAGAGUUGGACCUCCCGGCCCUGCUGGAAACGCUGGACCCGCAGGACCUCCUGGAGCACCUGGUAAGGAAGGCCAGAAAGGUAACCGUGGUGAGACUGGACCUGCUGGGCGCACUGGUGAAGUUGGUGCUGCUGGACCACCUGGUGCCCCUGGUGAGAAAGGAAAUCCUGGAGCUGAGGGUGCUACUGGCCCUGCAGGUAUCCCUGGACCCGCAGGUAUUGCUGGUCAGCGUGGUAUUGUUGGUCUCCCUGGCCAAAGAGGCGAGCGUGGUUUCCCUGGUCUCCCCGGUCCAUCUGGAGAGCCUGGCAAACAAGGAUCAUCUGGUCCUUCUGGUGAGCGUGGACCUCCUGGACCCAUGGGACCCCCUGGAUUGGCUGGACCUCCUGGUGAGCCUGGUCGUGAGGGUACUCCAGGUAAUGAGGGCUCUGCUGGACGUGAUGGUGCUCCUGGCCCCAAGGGUGACCGUGGUGAGACUGGCUCUGCUGGCACCCCCGGUGCUCCUGGACCUCCUGGCGCUCCUGGACCCAUUGGCCCUGCUGGAAAGACUGGUGAUCGUGGAGAGUCUGGCCCUGCUGGUCCUGCCGGUGCUGCUGGCCCUGCUGGUCCCCGUGGACCCGCUGGACCCGCUGGAGCUCGUGGAGACAAGGGUGAGACUGGUGAGGCUGGUGAGAGAGGCAUGAAGGGACACAGAGGAUUUACCGGAAUGCAGGGACCACCAGGACCUCCUGGACCCUCUGGAGAGCCUGGACCUGCUGGAGCUUCUGGACCCGCUGGACCAAGAGGCCCUGGUGGAUCUGCUGGACCCGCUGGUAAGGAUGGUAUGAGCGGCCUUCCUGGACCCAUUGGACCCCCUGGACCCCGUGGUCGCAAUGGAGAAAUUGGACCAUCUGGACCACCUGGACCCCCCGGACUCCCUGGACCUCCUGGACCCUCUGGUGGUGGAUUUGAUAUUGGCUUCAUUGCUCAGCCACAGGAGAAGGCCCCUGAUCCCUUCCGCUCAUACCGUGCCGAUGAUGCCAAUGUGAUGCGCGACCGUGACCUUGAAGUUGACACCACCCUCAAGUCCCUGAGCCAACAGAUUGAGAGCAUCAUGAGCCCAGAUGGCACCAAGAAGAAUCCUGCACGCACUUGCCGUGACCUGAAGAUGUGCCACCCAGACUGGAAGAGCGGUGAGUACUGGAUUGACCCUGACCAGGGCUGCAACCAGGAUGCCAUCAAGGUCUACUGCAACAUGGAAACUGGUGAGACCUGCGUCUACCCAACUGAGUCCUCCAUUCCCAAGAAGAACUGGUACACAAGCAAGAACAUCAAGGAGAAGAAGCAUGUCUGGUUCGGAGAGGCCAUGACCGAUGGCUUCCAGUUUGAAUAUGGCAGCGAGGGCUCUAAGCCUGAGGAUGUCAACAUUCAGCUCACCUUCCUGCGCCUCAUGUCCACUGAGGCCACCCAGAAUAUCACAUACCACUGCAAGAACAGCAUUGCAUACAUGGACCAGGCUUCUGGCAACCUGAAGAAGGCUCUUCUGCUCCAGGGCUCCAAUGAGAUCGAGAUCAGAGCAGAGGGCAACAGCCGCUUCACAUACAGUGUCACUGAGGAUGGUUGCACGUCGCACACCGGUGCAUGGGGCAAGACAGUCAUCGACUACAAAACAACAAAAACAUCCCGUCUGCCUAUUAUUGACAUCGCCCCUAUGGACGUUGGUGCACCUAAUCAGGAAUUUGGCAUUGAAGUUGGCCCAGUCUGCUUCUUGUAAAAAAGAAAUCUGGACAUGAGAUUGUUUGUGUGCGUGUGUGUUUUUUUCUAGCAAUCAUCUCUCAAAUCUUUUCUAUGCAUUAAAAUCAAACCCUAGAAUUCAAUUUGGCUAUGCAAAUGGUCCACUUGCUUAGACCUGCGCUUCAGAAGACAGUGGUUGUGUGUUAUCAGGCUUUUUUUGGACCACUAUUUUGUCACCACCCACACUGAGGAUACUUUAGAAGACUCAUUUGUUUCACUGGCAACAAGAAAAUAAUAUAUUAUACUUAUAAAGUGUAAAAUCCCCCUGGAGUUUAAAGAAACAUCACUGAUGCAACUGACUUCUUUUCAACCACUGAGGAAGGACAAUGAAAGAGCAAAACCAAAUGCUUUGUACCAUGUUCAGGUGUUAAAUAAAUCUGUAAAAUGACAUUUAAGUGUCUUUGUGUUAUACCCAUUAGGACCACCGGGGUGCUGAAUGCCAACGUUCCUCUCAAGAGUCACACAAAGUACAUUAAGUAGAGACAGGGGUUCAACUUUGUUUUGAUGUCUUAUGGCUACCUCAAAAAAGAAACCUGCAAUUCCCAGUGUUGACCAACAUCAGGUCAGGAUUUUACGUGGCAGAAGUAUGGUUAAGGAUCAAGUGACAGCUGUAAACGUGCUAUUUCCUCAUGAGGUCCUGUCAGCAAGAAAUUCUACAGUUGUGCUUUUUCUAAAAGUAAUGCAUUGUUCGUUGCUUUUGCUCACAGGGCCUUUGGUGCUAAAGAAAUCCUAAUAUCUUGCCGCCCAGUUGUAACGGAUGCCUCUCUUUCUGAAGUGUACGCUAAGAGCCAGACAGCAGAGCUUCUGUUAAGAGGCAGUACUGUAGCUGUGAUACACGCAGUCUUUUCAAGUGUAGAAUAAGCAGGUGGAGUCUGUUUUUAUUUUCCAAACACCUUUUGACACUUUUUGGUUGUUGUCUAUUGGUUUCUUUUCAAAACAUCCCCCCAAUGUUGUCCAGUUGCUUCCAGCUAUAUCCCCACUUCUUUCACAUACUUCUGUAAUGAGGAUUUUUGUUUUCACCCAGGUUUUUUUUAUUUUAUUUUUUUUAGCGUAAAACAGGCAAUCAAAUAGAAAAGUCCUAAAAUGAUGAGAAGCACACCAUAGGGGGGGUAAAACAAGAGGAUCUGUACCUAUUUUGUAUAUGUAUAUUAAUUUGAGAUGUUUUUAAUUAUUUUGAAUGCUGAAAUAAAGCAUGUUAAGUGGUCGACCUUA